UCAAAUAAUAGGUAUUACGCUGGUUUCAGUCAGAAUUUUUGGAUUUUCGGUACCUGCCUAGGUACCUACCUAGGUACAUAAUUUAUUUACCGGAGACCGGACUGAAUUUGUAUUUUUAUAAUCAUAUCAUUAAUUUUAUAUUUGUAUUGCCAGCAAUUCUUAUUCAUAAAUUCGCUGUACUCAGUGAUUGUUUGAAUUUUCUAAUGAGUGCUGUAAUUACGACAGUCUAGUGGGACGAAAAUGUCUGUUUCUGAAACACUUCAAUGGCCGUGUAGUAUCUCUUGUGUCAAUAUAAAGUGUUGUUCUGUUCGUAAAUUGUAAAUUGACAUGCAUCGGUUCAAGAAUGUAAUCAUGGACACUUCGCAAUGGCCAAAGCUGUGGAUUGUGUUGCUGUUUCUUAUAUUUGGGGGUCUGGAUGUUAUCGAUGGCUUGAAGUGCUAUUGCAACCGUCCAACAUGUCCAAAUGACACAUGUGAAACAGAUGGCUACUGUGUUGCUUCCACAACCUUGGAGAAUGGAGUGCAACGAUACACCUAUGAAGAGGUGGCUUUAGGCUGUAUGGGGUUGAAAUCUGCCUUCCCUCCUGAAAAUCCAAUAAAAUGCAAAGAACCAGCAACCUAUUGCUGUAAAUAUGAUCUCUGCAACUCUGAUGAGAUUGUCGGAGAAAAACUGUCUAAAGUGCUACACGCCUCUGCUAUGGAGCCGAGUCCAUCUGCGACCGCGUGGCAAGUUUUGCCGUGGAUCAUGGGGCUGAUGGUCCUGGGGGUGUGCGCGGUGAUCAGCUUCUGGUGGGCCAAGCGCUCGCGCAAGCUGAUGAAGAGGGGCUCCCGGGGCAUGUUCACCACGGAGGACUCGUGCUGCGAUACCCGGAUACCCAUCAUCGGCGGAACCACCACCAUCCGGGACAUGAUUGAACUGACCACCUCCGGUUCAGGCUCAGGGCUUCCACUACUGGUCCAGCGAUCGAUCGCCCGACAGAUCCAGUUGGCAGACAUCAUCGGCAAGGGCCGUUUCGGUGAGGUGUGGCGAGGGCGGUGGCGGGGGGAGGACGUCGCUGUCAAGAUUUUCUCCUCUCGCGAGGAGUGCUCCUGGUUCAGGGAGGCCGAGAUCUACCAGACUGUUAUGCUGCGACACGAGAAUAUCCUUGGCUUCAUUGCAGCUGAUAAUAAAGACAACGGCACUUGGACGCAGCUGUGGUUAAUAACAGACUACCACGAGAACGGGUCGCUUUUCGACUACCUUGGUGCCAGAACCAUUGAUCAGAACACUCUGGUCAAAAUGGCGUUGUCUAUUGCCACCGGUCUGGCGCAUUUGCACAUGGACAUCGUUGGCACCAAAGGCAAGCCAGCGAUUGCCCACCGCGAUCUCAAAUCGAAGAACAUACUGGUGAAGAACAACUUGACCUGCGUGAUUGGCGACCUCGGGUUGGCCGUCAGACACAACGUGGCAAGUGACAGUGUCGACGUGCCUUCCACCAACCGCGUCGGCACCAAGCGGUAUAUGGCGCCUGAGGUCCUGGACGAAACGAUGGACACUCGCCAGUUCGACCCGUACAAGCGUUCGGACGUUUACUCCUUCGGUCUAGUGGUGUGGGAGAUGGCGCGGCGUUGCGGUUCGAUGCCCGACGAGUACCAGCCGCCGUACUACGAGUGUGUGCCGCCUGACCCCGCCCUGGAGGACAUGAGGAGGGUCGUGUGCAUCGAGAAGCGGAGGCCCAACGUGCCCAAUCGAUGGCACGCCGACCCCGUGCUGUCCUCAAUAUCAAAAGUAAUGAAAGAGUGUUGGUACCAGAACCCCGCCGCGCGACUCACCGCGUUGCGCAUAAAGAAGACGCUCGCGAACAUCAGCGCCGGCGACCACAAGUUGUGAGCGAAGCAACCGCCGCGCAAUUAUAAACCUUUUGUUUAAUGACACAAGUAAGAUAUUUCCAUAGCAUGUGUCUCAUGCGCGAGAAUGUAUUCCGUUAAACUUACUACAAUUGAAACCUGCAAUAAGCACGUGCUGAGUAUAAUUUACUUUGAAAUAUUUUUGUAUGAAAGUGAAAUAUCGCGAAUUUUAACAAAACUCUUAGAACGAACGCUGCUUAUGAACCAUGUAAUAUUGUGUAAAUCUUAAUCUUAUACAGUUUUUUGAAAACAUUCAAAUAAAACAAAUACACAUUGUUGUAACAUGUUUCAUGUGUUGUGGACAAAACUUAUUUCUCUUAAAAACAAAUAGUUGCUCCGCGAUUUGUGCGUUGGUAUUUUGUGUACGUGUAUGCACCAGGCAGGGAAAACUAAAACAUUAUUGAUGUGAUUAAACAAGAAUGUGUAGAGAAAACGUAACAUUACAUAGUAACAAAACAGACACAUUUUCCACACCCACUCGCUUCGCGCAUUAGAUACUAAGCAAAUCUUACUUGUUGUGCAAUUUUUAGGAUGUACAUUGCAAAUCCAGAUGAUUCGCUAGGUCUGGUACCCGUCUAUUGUCCCCAUCAGGUCCGUGCCAGGGACGUGGCAUGAAAUCUCCGACACGGCACGGGCACGUGCGUCUGUGAUGCAGUUCAUAAACAACGUACAGAUAGAGUAGAAAAUAAAUGAAGGCGUUGUGUCCUCUUGGCUGGCAAUUAUGGGUUUUAUCAACCAAUUUUCACUAUUAUUGGCUUUGCAAUGGCAAAAUAUAGUAAGUAGAAGACUGUUCUUCUACUUUUUGCAGACAGACUGUAUUUCUUUAGAUUCCUGAGGAAACACUGCCCUGCACUUUCCACGGCCCUGAUGUGUGGAUAGAUCUCUAUUUCUCGAUACGAUGGGAAUUCGCUACGAAAUCACACGUUAAGAUUAGUUAUGAAUUUUUGCACUAGAUAGCUUAUAGUUUUAUCUUACCCAUUCAAAUUCGUAUGUAGGACUCCGCCUAGUUACAUUAGUAGAUAUGUCGCCUUAACAGCAGUCGGUGUGUAUGUGUAUGGCGCAACACUACCUAAUUUAUUGAAAAUUGCUACUUGAAAAUAGAAUUGAACCCAAGCCGGGUUCAAUUCCCGGUCUAUUCCAAAAAAAUGUCAUCUCAUUAUUAUGUUCAAUGUAAGUUAGCAUGCGUCACAUGUACAACAAAAACUAUUGAAAUUAAAAAUAUAAGUCGCCUAGGUUUUAUUUUUAAAACUAAUAAUGAAGGAAAUUUGUUGUUUUUAACAUUUUAACCGCCGAGUGUUAAGAAAAUGCUAGCGCCAUACAUAUUUGCAUGUUAAGUGAAUGCGUUGCACCCACUCAUACAUACAUACAUUUAAUGCAUGGCAUUCGGAAGAAUCCUAAGUUGUUGUCGUAAAUAUACAUGUGCGACGUUAAGGUCAUAGCACACUUAACCGCACCACUCUCACCCGGCAAGGUGACGGUCAUUGAAAGUCUUGUAUCUCUGCUUAAUAAAAAUAUAAAACUUUUUUUUUUAUUCUUGUAAAUAAUCACAUAAAUCAUAUAAGAAAUAUAAUGUUUUGGAUAGAGACAAUUUGUUUUGUAAAGAACGUAAAAAAGUGGGUUACUAGGCAACAGACGAACAUAGUACAAAAAAUUAUAAAGAAAUAAAGUGUAUUAUUUUCACAAUGUAGGUUACAAUUUACAACAGAAAGAUAGCUUUAAAGCUUCCUCUGUAGAUAUACUUUACAUUGGCAACAAAUAAGCAGACGGCCCGCUGUCAGCUCUCCUCUUGCCAAUGAAAAGUAUGUCUACAGUAAAAAACAUUAAAAGUCAUUUUCAGUUGACGUCAUCUUGCCAGGUGGGAGCGGUGGGGUAAAGUGCGCCUUUAGGCUUAUUAGCGUUGCUUGUCGUUUAUGCUACUUUGGUGGUUGUUAGGUUAGUAAAGAUCUUUGUUUGCACACACUAGGAACGUAAUCAAUGGUCGAACUACUUACAUUGUUGCUCUCAAAAUAACUGAAGAUUUAAAAGUUUUUAUACAUUUCAAAGUGAUGUAUGGCUUUAAGUCGGCGUCUCGCCUAGACAUAAAAAAUUGGUUAAAUCUUGUACUUUUCAAGUCAAAACAAAUAUUAGUACAGAAGCAUAAUCGUCUAUUGGUUUUAAAUGAUUUUAAUACAAUCUGUACAUAAUGUUUGCAUACUGAAAAUAGGUAUUGCGAUAUACAAAACGCCGCACAAUUAUUUUAUAUAUAUAUUAUGUGUAAAUAUCACAGUUAUACAUAAGUCGGGAUAUCCCAGUUAAAGUAAUUUUAUUCGGAUCUGCGAUAGAUAGAUAUUGGAUACGAGUUGGCAAGAAAAGUAUUUAAAACAUAGAUUCAACUUAGUUGAUGAUGAAUAAAAGACUGAUAAGUUUUGGGCAACUGUAGUGUAAUGUGGCUGUAUCGCUAAAUGCUUCAUCUGGGAUAUACUGCAUGUAGUAUUCGGAGUACAAAAUUUAUUUUGCCUGUAAAGUUUUUGUAUCAACACUUUUACAUUUUAUACAGACACAUAGCUCAAUUGUAUUAUGAAAACGAUGAAGAACUGAUUUUUUAACAAACGUAAACAUGUAGUUAAUACGGACCUUAGAAAUUAGUUACAUAAUUCACCUUAAUCAGGCAUUAUAUAUACAGUUAUACACUCCGUUAUUAGUGUGCCCCGUAAAAGUCGUGUAAAUAGCUCGGUGAUCGAAAACUGUUAAUGAAUGUUACGAAGUACCGAGAGUUCAUGGCGUAUACGUCUCUAAAUCCUACCUCUUAGAUUAUAUUCGAGUAAUAUCGGAAAGGAGCAUUUAUUACAUAGUUAUAUUAUAUACGUUAAUAUUGACUUUAAGCCGCCUUAUCACAAAAUGUUGACGCAUUCGUACAUAAAAAAAAACCUUGAAAUAACGACGACUCUGGCCUUAUUUACAGACAACGAAUUGUCCUUGAGAAAUCUAAAUAACAUAUUCUCUAAAAUCGACUCACAAAUUCGAUGUCAAAUGCGAUGUGAUUCUCCGCGACAGCUCUUUUGACGUGACGGAAUAAUUUCGAAUUUAUCUUUGUGGAAUUGACAUGAAAUUGAUAUGUCGAAUGCGGAAUCAAUGCGAUGGAGACGCUUGUGAAUAUAUAACCGGGUUUGUUUUCACGGGCGGUUUGCAGUUAACGUUGUUCUCCAGAUACAUUGAUAUGACGUUUCUCAGCAGCUCAGCGUCCGAAAAGAUUAUUGAAUGUUUGAAAUAUGCACCUUCUUUCGCGAUCACAGCGGGUCAAAAGCAGAGCGUAAUUAAAUAAAAAUUAUAGUGAUUAUGUACUAAAAAUAUAUUUUGGAAUAAGGCGGAAAAUGUAGUGAUAUAUUUUCGUUACCAGCUUCGUAGUUUCUAACUUUUGAUAAAGCUUUGAUUAGUUUAUUCAAUAAGUAUCAGUGUAUAGAAUGUCAUUUUAUAAAAUACACUUUCUGUGAUAUGAGUCGCAGUCAAUGUUAUAAUUUGUUUAUUUUUGCGUGUUUCGUGAGCAAUUGAUUUAGAAGUUAGUCGUUAACUUAUCACAAUAUUUUUAAAUAGUUUUAUUGCUAUAUUAUAGUAAGUCAAUGUCGGGGCCUGACAAUAGAGCGUGCUUGGACUUAGUUUCGAUUGAUGAUACAUUUUGCAAUGUAUGAGCUUUAUAAAUAUAUAUAUAUAUAUAUAUAUAUAUAUCUUAAUCUAAAUAAAAUAUAAUUUAAAUGUCAUGUCAAAUAAUGUAAAAAAAAUCUUGACUAUGUUGUGCGCAAAUUUGCACCGCUCUUAUGAGAGGAAAAUGCGUAAUGGUCCUUUUUUGUUUAUUGACGAAAAUCUUUUACGACAUUCCUUUUGCGUUGAACUAACUGGAGUUAGCCAUUGAUGUUUAAAUCUCAUUAAAGUAUUUAUAUUAAGAGUGUUAUUUGAAUCCUGAAAAUAACGACACGGUCAUACAAAUUCACAUGAUUCUUUAUAAUUCAUAAAUAGCAUAAUAACCACAUUUACUAUGUGUCUUCUACAUCUUCAGGAACACAUUUAUUUAGAAAUUAGUACUUCACGUGCACUUCUCCACGCUAACAUUUCUCAGAACUACAAACUACUAACAUUUUCGAAUGAGCGUAGUUGUCUCAUCACUGAGCUUAGCUCGUUUUGUAUACAUCACGUCUAUUGAGUGAUACUAUCAAUAAAUCGGUAUCUAGUUUCGCUAAGACUAAAUGCGUUCUGUUGCUCAGGCCAAAUUUUUGUGUGUAUUAACAUCGGUGGGUAUCUGUGUGCAUUAACAAGCAAAUUGAAAGUACGUAAUUUUAAGACGUAUUUUAUAAUGAUUUAUAUAUUUAAGCAAGGCAUGCCGCCCCAGAAUAAGAAUAUCUGUAAUUUAAAUGUAGUUUUAAGAACAAGCUGCUUCAAUAAAUUCAAUUAAGCAUAAAAACAUACUUAAAUUUUGUACUUUCAUCACUUUUUCUGUGUAAAUAGAAUAACUUUAGUGUUCCCAUAUAGAUUUUUUAUCUAGAAACUACCCAUGAUGUAUUAGUGUCCAGUUUUUACUCUGUGUAUUUUUACUGGAUGACGUACAUAAUUUGCCCAUCUAGUAUACAAUAAGCACUACAACCUAAUCAAUAAUAUAACUGUUUUAUAAAAAUUGGGGGUUAUAAUUAUGAACACGUUGUAGAAAUGUAUGUACUGGUAGUUGUGUGAUUGUUUGUAUAAAUUCACAUUUGGACAAUGUUUCCAUAUCCUUUGGUAAAUAUUUUAAUUAUGAGAGUUAAGUUACUGGGUGUUUAAUUUUAAUUCGUUAUCGGGCGGUUCGCAGAGCGUUUCGACCGUUGCGGUCGCGCUGUCAUUACAAUUUUUAAAAUUUUAACAAAUAAUGAGUUUUACUAUAUGACUUUAUAUUAAUUACUCCGUACUGUAGUGAUGUCAUAUUUUAUGAAUGAUUGAUUUUGGAAAUGAUUCCUUCCUCAAGAAAAUUGACGGAUUGUAAUGCGAGGCGCAUCGGUCGAAACGCUCUGCGAACCACCCUAUCAUGUGUUUCUGUACCAUAAACCUAUUUCGGUUGCUGUAGAGAAUGAAAUAAUGUAUGUAUAUAACUGUGUUUCUUAGAUACGUAAUGUGUUUAUGGUUAAGUUUAAAGUCACUUAGAUUUCAUGUCAAACUUUUUAUACAUAGUGUUAAUUUUAUAUUAUUUAUUAUUACAUUAACCAGUGACAGUAAAGGUCGUGAGAACGCAGUUAGUGAUGGCAAAGCGAGGGCGGAGCGAGAGCAGUCGGCCUUAACGCCCGGCGCCCCGACCUCGCUUUGCCUUCGCUUUCAUGCGCGGUGCUUUGCUAGUUUGGGUUCAAAGGCCGACGUCGCUUCACAAUUUCUAGGCCCCUAGCCAGCAUAAGAGCAGAAUUGUAACGUUUCAAAUUUUGGCGUCCUUUAUUCAACUUGAGGAUCAUUUUGGCGUCCUAUAUUUAGUAAUUCUCGACUCUUCAAAUCAUACCUAUAAGUCAAGUAAACCAUAGUUGAAUGUUUCUCAAAGCGUUUCAACAGCUGUGACCGGGCUGUGUCGUUACAAUUUUAACAAAGACAAGAAUUAAUUUUACUUUCUGACUUUAAAAUAACUAAUGAUCUACUGUGGUAAUGUCAAUUAUAAGAAUGAUUGAUUUUAGAAAUGAUUCCUACCUCAAGAAAAUUGACGGAUCGUAAUGACAGCGGCAGCGGCCACAGCUGUAGAAACGAUAUGAGAAUGAGAACCAGUUACAAGCGGCAAUGUUUCAUGGUGCAAAAUAGUACAUCUUACCUAAACUAAUUGCGAAAAGUGAAGCCAAACAAUGAUGAAAUAACGACCGUAUUGAUAUAUCAAAAACAACAUGACUCGUGCUUCGCGCUCAUAAUACUGGCAGGAAAAUAACCAAUUUUUUUUAUUUCUAAAUAUCAUACACAGAGGCUAAAAAAUAGUACCUACACGGUUUUGUGCGCUGCAGUUGGCAGAUAUAUAGGUAUAUUCUAAACGUUGUAACUUGUAAGAUUUGGAGACUUUGGCAGCCUCUGUGUAGAAUAUCUGUUAAUAGAGAUAGAUAGUCUUAUCUGUUUCAGUUGACUUCUCAUAGAUUAUUGUAAUUAUUAAAAUUACGCCAUAAGUUCCGUUGCGUACGUGAAAACAUAAGCAACAUAUUUAUAAUAUAUUUUCUUUGCGUGUCGAUGGCAAAUCCGAAAACGCAACACCAUUUGCUAGUAAAUUCUUUAUCGAGGCAUGAAGCCUGAUCACAAGCCGUUGAAGUGGCUCGGUACAUACAUAUAUUUACUAGCUGCACCCCGCGGUUUUUCGUUCGAUGUAAUUAUUAAUACUUACGCUUUUAAUUGUAUCAACAGUAGCGCCAUCUACAUUUUAAAGCGCCAUUUUCAUAUUAUCACUUUUUGAACGAUUCCUACGGGACUCGCGAACCUACUUUCGGGUAGCCUAUAUGUAUAAGUAUCAUACAAAAUAUCAGAAAUACAACAUACUCAAUAAACUUUCGCCUUUAUAAUUUUAGUGCGAUGUUUGAAAAGCUUAUUUGUUCGCGCUAAACAUUGGAACCGUCCGUCUUGAAACAAUAAUAUGUUGUUAUGUAUAUUCACACUCACACUCACGAGAAAAGCUUACCUUCCAGAAUUCAGAAUAUACCGCGCGAAGACGCGAUGUGCAGCUAGUAUCAUGACAUUUGUUGCAGAAAAAGAUUGGGCCGAGUAUUGAUGGUAUCUAAAUAAUUGACGAUCGAAUAUUAGGGUCCGACUCCAUUGUUCCGUUGCGCUACGUCGUCCACCGUUGUCGACCGAUCAAAAUCUAUGUAAGACAACAGAGUACAACGAGCCGGCAACGCGCUAUUUCAGCGCAAUAUAUCACGACGGAGAAAAGAGGCGCGGCCGCGAUGAUUUUUUGUUUACCAUACAUUAAAGCGGUUAGGUGCCGAAAUUUAUAUAAUGUAACUUUAUGAUUACAGUACCUACCUAUGUGUGUUAUAUAUUCGGCACUGUAGAUUGUAUUUAAGAUAAUAAUAUUAAGUUCUUUUGCAGGUAUUUUAUCCCGCAAAAAUAGUAUUUCUUUCAUUGUUAUAAAGUGCCCAAUCUUAAUCCAAACGGGAGUUGAAUAGAUGUACUUAUAGCAGACGGCAAUCAAUAAAUUAAAUUGAUUGUAACUUUAGAAACAAAGAAGUAUAUACAGUCAAAAGUAAAUAAAGUUUUGUUAAUAUUGCCGGUGUAGGAGCCUGUAUAGACAUGGAUACUAUCCAUAUUUUAAAAUUAUUCUUUUAGUAACAAACGUGAUUUUUAUUAUGCUUAAUCUAUUUACAGUUUUAUUCCUAGAUGUACUAAUAAGCCGCAAAAAUAAAUAUAAUAUUAUUAUUUAUUUAAUAGUCAGGAGCCUAACAUGGUCAUAUCUUCCAGUAGUAAGAGAGUAGAAAUACAAGACGAGAAACGGAAUUACUUUUGUCCAUCAUUAUAAUGGCGACUGGAUUGUGAUCACACCUACUCCGCGUCUAUAGUCUUUCUUCAGAGCCGCCAUCCUAAAUGAUUCGAUUAUAAGUACUUUUGCAGCUUAUUAGCGGGAUGAUAGAAACUUUAACCUUACAAUUAUAUGUAUAUAAUCGAUUGAAUGAUCGGUACAUAUUUUUGGAUCAGUAAGGUUGGUACAUUAAACACCGUUUAGAAUCAAUGCAUAGUAACAUCAUCAAAGUUAAAUUAGCAUUAACAAAGCAUUUCUUGCAUCAAAUCUAUUACAGCAUUGCAACCAAAUAUAGUCUAUGCUAUUUGAACAAAAAUGAUUGAUUUGCCCAUAAAGUAAGGGGUAUAAUUUCAAUUUAUUGUUGUAUGAUUAAGUAAAUGUGUGUAUCAUAUAUAUUUAAAAUAAGCUUAGUCUCAAGUUCAAAUUGAUGUCUUAGGUACGUUUAUACCAAACGCACCUUUAUAAAUUGUAAAAGGUACAAGCAAACUAUCGGUUUGAAGAUAUUGAUGAGCAAUACCAAAAGAGUACAAUUUGUCUACCGCAAUAACUAGCCAGCGUCAUAUCACGAGAUUACUAUUCAGUGGUAUAAUUCAAAUGAUUUAUUUAAAUGCACAUUAUUUGAAUAUCCCCUUUAUAUAAGUUUUAUUAAAUUGGUUAUGGAGUGGACUCAUUAAUGUAAUAAAAGAAAGUGUUUAUAAU